AUGGCCGCCAAGUUGAUCGUAGCCUUGGCAUGUUUCGCCCUUUGCAAUGCUAGUCCCGUAUUUUUAAGGAAUUACAUAUUCCGUAACGGGCGAGGAUAUUCGAUCGGUCAAGGUUACACCAACACAGGCGGGCGUGCCACAGGCUCCGCGACAAGUAAUGGAGGCGUUCUUCAGGCAUACGGAACCGCAUCUUCCUCCGGUCAAAAUCAAUUCGGUAGAAGUGGACCCUUCCCAGGAGACACAGUUGCUAAGGCGGAAGUAUAUGAUACACCAAAUGCUCCUACUUAUGGAGUGUCUAAAGCAUUUGCUGAAGCACAAAACCCACCAACCUAUUAUGCCGUGCCUGCUCCUGCUACUAUAGUAUCCGAACAAAUCUUCGAAACGCCUGCUGAAAUAAGAUAUGCACAACCAGCUGUUGCUCAAUCGUCGGCUACACUUAAUGGUAACUCAGAUUCAUCUAUUACCUCUGCUAAGGUGGAAGGAACUGGCUCCGCUGAAUCUACUGCUAAGACCCAAGGCAUUGGAAGCUACGGAAUAACCUCAUCAAAUGCUAAAACUUUCGGAUCUGGUGUAGGAACUGCCUCUUCAAAUGUCAACAAUGGUUACGGAGCUGCUAAUACCGCUGCAAGAACAGAAGGCUUCGGCUCGGCUUCAUCAAAAUCUGAAAGUGGUCUAGGUAUGACAUCGGCUGCAACUCAGACGAACGGUGGUUAUGCAAGUUCAGCGGCCAACAACGCAUUGAAUUCCGCUGUUGUUUCAGCUAGUUCUCAAGGUACUGCUUCAUCUAAAGCUGACAUCAAUACUCUCCAAGGAGUGAUUGUUAGCCCUGUUAAAACGGUUGGCUUCAAAGGCUGGCGUUUCGGCACUGCCUAUAGCGUUCCAACCCCUGGACAAGCUCAAGUUUCCAGCCAAGCUAAUGGAGGUUCCGCCAAGUCUACCGCUCACACUGAUGGCGUAGUGACUACCGCUGAUGCCCAAGGCUACGGCUCUGCCAACGCUAACGCUAACUUACCCGGCGGAUACGUUAAUUCAGCUGCUAACACCAACGGCCUCGGUUACGGUGCUGCCAGAUACACCCAAGCCAACCAAUAUGGAUCUUCACACUCUACCAUUUACAAUGGUUUAGGCAACAUUAAAUCAUCAGCCAAUUCAAAUGGUUAUGGUAAUGCCAAUUCUCAUGCUGAUAUCAACGAACAUGGCUCUCUUUCUUCGGUUUCAAACUCAAAUGGUCUUGGAACUGCUGCCUCUAGUGCUAAUUCUGUACCGAGUUUUGCCUCACUGAAGACUGACGGGCUUCCAUACAUCUACAGCCCACGAGCAACCGUCAAUACUCAGACAUCCGGCCAAGGUUCAGCUUCUGCUAGGACUCAGGGACUGAACUCAGGAUAUAAAGUCGUUAACUCAGUGGCCAAUUCGUAUGGGCACGGUGCUGCACAGGCUAAUGCCAGCGCCUAA